GAUAGCAUCUACUAUACUAGGAAUAUCAAUGAACCCGAUUAUUGAAAUUGUUCAAGAUGACUAAGCACCACCCCAUAGUCACAGAAUCCGGACCCGUGAUCGAACCGAGGACCUUGUCCUCCACACCAGCUAGGCUAGCCUUCUUUCGCAGGGACUGGGACGUUAGCCAAGCAGAAACGAGUUUUUAUCUUGACCAUUGACUUUUGACUCUCUCAAAACCCAACUGAAGGUGCACAGAACAAGAGAAGAAGGUCGGGACGUCAGACGAGGGAGUAAUAAACAGAGAAUCGUGGAAACAAAUUUUUUAGUAUAUAUAAAUGCCGGCAGUUGUUCGUUGGCUCCUAUAUUUCAAAAACACGAAUGCCUUCUCCGAUUCGUGUACCAAUAGCAAUGCUCGCCACGUUCCGCGCGCAGACAUCCUUGAAGCCUCACGGCGGCCUGUUCAGACUUCUCCUCUCGACAAAUCCGCCGCGGCAUUCUGUUCUGCUUUCUCCGUCGUGGGUUCCAUCCAUUCCGUCCGAUCCAAUUUAGAGAAUCCAGCUGGUCUCUCGGUUGUUCUUGAAUUGGAAAAAGGAAGUUUCAAGGGGAAGCCUUUUUGAUGAAUGUUUGCGGAAAACUGAAGAAAUAGGGUCUUUUGUUUUUAAGGUAGAACCAACACUACCACGACCAGCAGUGGCAAAGAGAGAGUUUAUUCCUCAACAAGAGUACAGAACAAGAACAUGUCUUCUUCUUCCGUAAAAAGUGUUGUGGUUCCAACAAUGGCUAAUGAGGAUCGCCACGUUGAUGGAGGAGUGAAGGAAGAGAUCAAAUUGUUAAAUGCAACAGAGGAUUGGUUUGGGGGAGUGACUGUGGUAGCGAGUGAGCAUACGCAAGUUGCGGAUUUCAUGCCUCGACUGAGACAUUCCAUCUCCAAAUGGAAGGAACAGGGAAGGAGAGGACUUUGGAUGAAGUUGCCAAUUAACCAGUCUCACCUAGUGGAUCCAGUAGUUAAGGAAGGGUUUAGGUUUCACCAUGCUGAAUCUGAUUAUGUGAUGCUUGUGCGUUGGCUGCCUGAAGACGAACCUGAUACUCUCCCAGUCAAUGCCUCUCAUCGAGUUGGUAUUGGGGCACUUGUGCUUAACGAAAACAAAGAGGUAUUGGUAGUCAUGGAGAAGAAUGGAGGUUUCAAAGGCACAGGGUACUGGAAGAUGCCAACUGGUGUAGUUGAUGAGGGUGAAGACAUCUAUGCAGCUGCAGUAAGAGAAGUGAAAGAAGAAACGGGAAUUGACGCGGAAUUUGUCGAAAUUUUAGCAUUCAGGCAAAGUCACAAGUCGUUCUUCAGCAAAUCAGACUUGUUUUUUGUCUGUAUGAUGCGUCCACUUUCUUCAAACAUCACUGCUCAGGAAUCAGAGAUUGCUGCAUCUAAGUGGAUGCCGAUCGAUGAGUAUGUUGAACAACCUUACAAUAAGAAGCAUGGACAGUUCAGGUAUGUUGCUGAGAUCUGCAAAGCUAGAGCAGAGGGAACAUAUAUUGGUUUCUCUGCGUUGCCAGUCUCAUCAGCUUCUGGCAAGGAUGUUUACCUCUACUACAACAAGCAGGACUGCAGCGGAUGAUUGUAGGCACGUCUCUAACUCUGGUCUCGCAUCAAAUUCAUCUAUUAUAUUUAGUGUCGGAACUUUGGCCUCCUCCCAAUUAUAACAUUGUGGAGUAAUCUAUGUUGGCAGUUGAAGUAUUCAAUCUUUAAGCUCGCCUAUCCCGUUUUAAAACAUUUGUAACUUUUUUUUAUGACUCGCCUGUAUUCAAAAGGGUUAACAAAUGUGUGCCUCUAUUAUUUUUUU